ACCCACUACUCCAAUUCUCUCUCUCUCGCUCUCUCUCUCUAGAAAUUUACUCUUCAACUCUCUCUCUCUCUCUCUAUCUUUAUCUCCUCACGCCGUCCGUACAUCAGCAAACACCAUGAAGCAGCUCAUCCGCCGUCUGUCCCGCGUGGCCGACUCCUCGCAGUACUGCCUCCUGCGCUCCCCGGCGGACGCCGCCUCCCGCCCGCGCAGAAGCGAGUCGUUCCGUGUGAAGCUCCGGCGCCGGAGAUCCUCCGCUGGCGAGCCGGUGGUCCCCGAGGGCCACGUCCCGGUCUACGUCGGCGACGAGAUGGAGCGGUUCGUGGUCAGCGCCGAGCUCCUGAACCACCCGGUCUUCGUCGAGCUCCUCAACAAGUCGGCGCAGGAGUACGGCUACGAGCAGAAGGGCGUCCUUCGGAUCCCCUGCCACGUGAUCGUCUUCGAGCGCGUGCUCGAGGCGCUCCGCCUCGGACAGGCCCCCUACACGUGACCUGCACGAUCUCCUGAACUCGAUCUCCGACGACCUGAGAUCCUGGUAGAUUUUGUAACUUAGGCAAAUAUUUUGGCCUUUUAUGUAAAUACGGUCGGGGUUUUCUAUCCAAACGAAGCGAAGCGAAACGUUUUUUAGGAAGUUUUUUUGGGUGUUGUUGUAAAGGGAAGGAAUACUGAUGAAAGUGCUAGAGUGCGCGCUAGGUGCUGGUCUCUCUGUGCAAAUUAAACUGAAAUUACAGUCAUGGCAGAACGGAAAAUACUUGUACUUUUUUGUCCCAA